CUGUCUGAGCGGAGUGUCGUUAUUUUAUUUUUACAAGAUUUCUCGAAGGAUUUGGUGUUUGUGGGAAGUCAGUGUUGACACUCACUCUUAUUUUUUCGUUCUUUCUUAGGUUUUUGGAUUUCUUAGGUUAUUGGAUUUAUAUAAAAAAAACUGAUUUUUCCAGUUUCCUGCUCCUCUACUCAAGAAACACUACAUUGGAUUAGAACAGAAGAAUAUUCAAUCGAUGAGACGAAAGAUAUAAUUGUGGAAAGUAGCGAAGCUCAACAGUGCUCACAACUUUGUCAGAACAACAAAAUCGGUGAAGAGAAUUUUCCAUGUCGCGCUUUUGCCUACAGUAAUUCGAAACAAGAAUGUCAUCUGUCUGCAGAUUCUGGAUAUAUUGGACAUAGUGAGUUUGAAAUUUAAAAAAAAAAGUCUAAAUUGUAGUUGUUCUAGAAGCUGAUAAAAACAAGAAAUUCGAUUUGACUGCUUUAUCGAGUGGAGAAUAUUUCGAAAAAUUUUGUUUGAAAACAAAUUUACAAUGUGGUGAAGCUAGCUUUGAACUUCUCGCAAAUCGAAUGAUGAUAUCAAAUUAUAAAACUCUAACUGCACUUUCACCUCAUCAAUGUUUGGCGCAAUGUAUGAAAGAUGGUGCAAGAUGUGCAAGUGUAACUUAUUUUUAUUUGGAUGAUCAGUGUCAAUUAUCCGAUGUUUCUCAAUUCUCAAAACCUGAUCAAUUUGUCACUGCAAACUUCACUGAUUAUUACGAUAAGAUUUGUGAUCCAGCUGAGCCUGCAAACUUUGUUGUUGUAGAACCAAUUGAACCGCCACCUAUUGUUGAAAAUUCGGUAGAAUUGGAAAGGUUUGUGAAACAUUUUAGAUUUUCUGAAAAACUAAAAUAUUUCCAGAAAUGUAGCAAAAGGUGCAAUAAAUUAUGAAAUAUCUACAUCAACAUUAUCACCUAAAAUUGAAGAAAACAAAGAUCUUGAAGCAAUUCAAUCAAUACAUAAAGAUAUUUUCGACAAUAAAAAAGAAUUGACAUCAGAAGUUGAAGGAACUGUUAUUGAUGAUGCUGAAGAUUUCAAUGAAAAUUCAGCAAAUCCUGCUCAAAAAAUCAAAGCGAGAUUAUCAACAGAAUGUCGAAUGUCUGGAAUUUCAGUAUCGAUUCAUUUUGAGCAACCAACUUCGGGAACUCUAUAUAUCAAGGAUCAUUAUUCUUCUUGUCGACAAAGAUUUGAAAAUGAAAACUUUGCGGAAUUGCAUAUACCAUUUCCAAAUGAAGAAGAGAGCAACCCGAGAUGUGGAGGAACUCAAAUCGUAAGUUUUUAGGGGUUUAGGGGAAACGUUUCUGGAAGGAUAUGAAUAACAUAAUUAAUAGUACUUCGUUUUUUUGGCUGAAUUUAUGAAAAUACAUAAACACCAUUUUGCUCAAAAAAUGUUCAAAUUAUUCCAGGAACCUGCAAAAUGGGAGUUCACGGCUGUGGUCGAACGAAAUUCGCUCGAAAGUCCAUCAAUCGUAACAUCCAGUGAUAAAUCAUUCCAAAUCACUUGCGAUUAUUCAAAAAUUCUCGAUAAACAACAACUUGCUGAUUUGGCACCAAAAUACGAAGGAGAUCAAAAAAGUGCGCGAAUUUUAAUGGAAAUUGUGAGAAAUGGUCGAGCUGUUAGCACAGUUCCACUUGGUGAAGAAAUCGAAUUAAAAUGGACUGUUAUCGAGCAAGAAAAUGAUGAAAAUUUGGGAUUUUUUAUCAAUGAAUGUAUUGCGGAACGAGUUGGUGGCGCUGCACCGCAUCCAGAACCAUUGAAAAUUAUUUAUCAGGGGUUAGUUAUACAUAGCUAUGACGUGGAAAAGUGUUUUUUCUUAUUGCAGAUGUCCUGAAGAAAAAGUUCGGAAUCGUCUUCUCAGUGAUCCAAUUAUCAAAUCAAAUAAUAUUUACUCAACAAAAAUGAAAGUUUUUCGAUUUGAUGGAUCGAGAAGAGUUCGAAUCAAAUGUUCGAUUGAUGUUUGUGUUGAAUCUUGUCCACCGGUAAGAUUUUUGAUACUACAAAAAAUUCAUUUUUUUAA